AUGCACGGCUUGUUACUUUCAAUCAAAACUGUAACUGAUCUGAUCAGAGUACUGCCUGUUGGAUUUCCUAUCCUAUUCUCCACAGAUGCCAGUUGUAAUAUGAAGAGUGAUGAACGAAGACCCUUGGAAUGCGAGCCCCAAUACUUUCUUGUCUUUGAUGAUGCACUAGAAGACACCUCACCCCACCCAACUCUUGAACUUAGUGUUUUCAAGGACCCAGAUGGCCGUUUUACUACUUUUAUGAAUAAUUCCAGAAUCUCUGGAAUAAUCAAUGAGUACUUUGGAUAUCUGAGUCUUGACCAACAUGGAGACUAUCUAAGUAACGAAGCUAACAUUCGUGAAAUUGUGGCAAUGAAACUGUAUUAUGCUUGCAAUGCAACAAAAGAUAAAUUUUUAAAUGAAGAUGGUAGUCCAAAAGAUGAAGCAGUUCAAGAGCUUAAAACAUACUUAUGGGAAUCAAAACUCACAACAAUCUCGACAUCAGGCUUCGGAUUUAACUAUGUUCCAAUCAAGGCAUGGAAGUUCCUCACUGAUCAUUGUGAAACAGAAGAGUUGUGGAUAGAAAAAACGACUAUUGACAUUGAUGCACUGAACAAUCCAGAUCUCAGUAAUAUAACAGCGUUGUUUUUGUUUGAUGUUGGAUUGACAGAGAUACCAUGCUUGUAUAAUCUCACUGGUCUUGAAUACCUCUGCUUGAAUAAUAACAAAAUUGUAGAGGUUAGUCUUCAAAACUACUUUGAUGCUGAGACAGGUAUACACAGAACUAUGCCAAACUUGAAGUGUCUGAGUUUGCACAGAAACCGCACGUCAAAUAUCGAUCCAAUUUUCAAAGAUGUUUUUCCAAAUAAACUCAUGGCAAUAAUUCUGGAUCAGACAGUUUUAUACUAUCCGUUUAGUGAUAUGAAAGAUGAACUGGAACAAGUAUAUAGCGAGCUUAUUGAACCGGGUGAGAAGAAAAAACAUGAGUUAGAUGUCACGAACUAA